GCCUUCUUCCACCAAAGGUGGAUCCUGCUCACAGGAGACUCUGGAUCAAGACCACAGUGCUUCUGUCCCCAGCUCUAGGGUAGGCUCAUCUUAGCAAAUGGCCCUCGGCGCAUCCAGCAGAUCCGCCAGCGACGCGGAGGCCGCGCGGUUUCAUCUUUAAUGCUCCUAAAGGACAAUAGCUCAUCAAGCCCCACCGAAAGCCCGGGACCCGUCGCGGAGCCUGGGCUGGCGGGGGAUGAGGCUGAGCGACUCCUCCUAGAGGUGGUUAUGUGGAGAAGGAGCAAUCCCUUCUCCCUCCUCCUCCUCCCCCCCGCUACUAUCCGCGGCCCGGAGAACUGCCGCUUGCCGCCAUUGACACGCACAGAUAGAACCUAAAGAAAGGCAAAGAGUCCUGCCCCGCACCGGCACCGUGCGGGCCGAACCUGCGUCCGGGCAGCGGCGCGCAGAGGACACCGGGCGCCGGGAGCAGGCGGCGCAGCACCAGCACUGUGUUAGUGCCAGGAGGCCACUGCAUCAGCAAGCUGAGAGGGAAACUGAGGCAAGAUGUCGGGCCGGAGUGGGAAGAAGAAAAUGUCCAAACUGUCCCGUUCAGCCAGGGCCGGUGUCAUCUUCCCAGUGGGGCGGCUGAUGCGUUACCUGAAGAAAGGGACCUUCAAGUAUCGGAUCAGCGUGGGUGCUCCCGUGUACAUGGCGGCAGUCAUCGAGUACCUGGCAGCGGAAAUUCUAGAAUUGGCUGGAAAUGCUGCAAGGGACAACAAGAAGGCCCGGAUAGCCCCAAGACACAUCCUGUUGGCAGUGGCCAAUGACGAGGAGCUCAAUCAGCUGCUAAAAGGAGUGACCAUCGCCAGUGGAGGCGUCCUGCCCAGAAUUCACCCUGAACUGCUGGCCAAAAAGCGAGGGACCAAAGGCAAGUCGGAAACUAUCCUCUCCCCUCCCCCAGAGAAAAGAGGAAGAAAGGCCACAUCAGGCAAGAAGGGCGGCAAGAAAUCCAAGGCUGCCAAACCACGAACAUCCAAAAAGUCCAAACCAAAGGACAGCGAUAAAGAAGGUACUUCAAAUUCCACCUCUGAAGAUGGGCCAGGGGAUGGAUUCACCAUCCUGUCUUCCAAGAGCCUUGUUCUAGGGCAGAAGCUGUCCUUGACCCAGAGUGACAUCAGCCAUAUUGGCUCUAUGAGAGUAGAGGGCAUUGUCCACCCAACCACAGCCGAAAUUGACCUCAAGGAAGAUAUAGGUAAGGCCUUGGAAAAGGCUGGGGGCAAAGAGUUCUUGGAAACAGUAAAGGAGCUCCGCAAAUCCCAAGGCCCUUUGGAAGUUGCUGAAGCCGCCGUCAGCCAAUCCAGUGGACUUGCAGCCAAAUUUGUCAUCCACUGUCACAUGCCACAGUGGGGCUCUGACAAAUGUGAAGAGCAGCUUGAAGAGACCAUCAAAAACUGCCUCUCGGCAGCAGAAGACAAGAAGCUAAAGUCUGUCGCCUUCCCGCCUUUCCCCAGUGGCAGAAACUGCUUCCCCAAACAGACAGCCGCCCAGGUGACCCUCAAAGCCAUCUCAGCCCACUUCGACGACUCAAGCACGUCUUCGCUGAAGAACGUCUACUUCCUGCUCUUCGACAGCGAGAGCAUAGGCAUCUACGUGCAGGAGAUGGCCAAGCUCGACACCAAGUAGCCGCCCCAGCUGCGGCUGCACUUUCCAGCAGGAGUUGGAGGACGAGCAGAGUCACAGAAGCAGGUUUUAUUUUUUAAAAGCAGAAAGGAAAGGUGACGCAGAGGAGCAGAGGGCAGCUGAAGGGGAGCGGGUAGCUGAGGCUGUGGGAGCAGGUCCUGCCCAUCAAAGGAGCCCUUUGUAUUUUAUAUUCUUGUUAAAAAGAGCCUCCGUCCUAAAAACCAGGUCUCCACGAGGGGUUCUUUCCAUGUUUUUUUCCUGUUGUUUUAGAACUUUUUAAAAAAAAAACAGACUUCGUUUUAGAUUUAUAGCAUUGACUUUUACACACACACACACACACACACACACACACACACACACACAAAUCCUUUCAAAAUUCUUAAGUCUUCUGUUUCUACUUUUUUGCAAGGGAGGAGGGCAUAUAAGUGACUCGGGCUUUGUUGGUUGUCUGUAUUCAAUUAUGGAGAGAAGAAAUUAGAAAGGCAUCUCACUGGUGCUUUUCGUUUCUGUUUUAGUGCCCCCACCCCCACCCCUAUAAUAUCUGUAACUACUCCUAAAACGGUUUUGCUUCAGGCUUUUUUUCUGUUUUGUUUUUAAAGAAAAAGAAAAUGAAAGGAAAAAAAAAAUAAAAGAUCCAGUGUCUUUCUUAAAA